AAUACGUUAAUAUGACUAAUGGAAUUGGGUUGUUCUGGUUUCAAUUGAUGAAGAUAGAUGUUUUCUUUUUUGGGGCAAAAUUGGCACGGAGAAGGGCUGGAGCUUGCGUCUAAAGGCGUGUGCUAGUACGAGUGCUGCAACUGCAAGCAAUCCUUUCAUCCUCCUCUGCAACCUUCUACUAUUCUACAGCAAUGUCAGUUGUAGGAGAAUGGCGAGAAAAGAAAAUUUGAAUAACUUCAUUGUUGGGGAUUUGCCAACAUUGUUCUACAUCCCUGACUUCAUCACAGAUUCUGAGCAAGCUCGGCUCCUAAAUAAUAUCUACCAAGCACCUGUAUCAAAGUGGAAAUCUUUGAAGAAUAGGAGACUCCAGAAUUGGGGCGGUGUUGUUCAUGAAAAGGGUCUUCUGUCACAAGAUCUGCCACCUUGGCUAGCUAAGAUUACAGAAAGAAUAUGUGAAGAAUCAGGACUUUUUCCUUCAGCAAUCAACCAUGUUCUUAUCAAUGAAUACCUUCCAAACCAAGGAAUAAUGCCACACCAGGAUGGGCCAGCUUAUUACCCUGUUGUAGCAAUCCUGUCUCUAGGAUCACCUGUUGUUAUGGACUUCACUCCUCAUUCAAGAUUAAAUUCAUGCAAAAGUACGGUGAUGGAAAGUGUAGUAGAUAAAACUUCUGAUGUGAAGGCUGCGGAAAUUGAAGGAAAUGAUGUGCUGGAUAAACAUCAACCCUUUUCCGUCCUGUUGAUGCCUCGCAGUUUAUUGAUCUUCAAGGAUGAUGCAUAUUCAGAUUACUUGCAUGGUAUUGAAGAUAAUGCAGUACAUCGAUUGGAUAAGAUUGUAAAUGGAAUUGAAGCUUUGUCCGCUUUGUCCGGGUCUACCUCAAGCGAAGCUGAAGUGAUUAGAAGUGAAGAUAGCAAGACUGUGAAUAGAACAAUGAGCAGAAUUUCUCUGACAUGUAGACUAGUAUUGAAGGUUCAUAAAAACUUGUUCAAGUUUUAAAAUGUGUUCUUAACCAAUUACUGGUCUCUAGCUAAAGUUUCAAGAUUUAGACGAAUAUCUGAUUUGAUAAACUGUGGUUUCAUGCGGAGGCAGAAAUAUUUAUACAUGUCAUGUUAUGUUA